AUGGUGGUGGCAGUAUUCCGAGGCGCGGGGCGGGUUGAAUUCGUGCGAACAUUUGGACCUUUGGUGGUCAGUGAGGGGAAUUUGUGUCCGACGUUAGGCCGUUUGGUGGAGGGUUGGGAGAGUGGAAUCCAAACCCUAGCCCUCGACGGCGCCCCCGUCGACGGCGACAUGUCGUCCUGCGAGUCCCAUUCUAACCACUGCACUGUUGCGGCCGACCUUUUUUAUCCGACACUCGACCUCCUCUUUCUUUCUCCUGAACCCGUCAAUCUCAGCUCGACCAUCACGCCCACGGCCCGUGUGAUCUCCUUCAACGUAUCGUUCGCGAAAUCUGGGCCGUUCGUGGGGCCUUACUUCAGUUUAUCCCACAAUCUCGACAUGAGAGUGGGAGGCCUCCUAUUAGUCCCGUUGCAUCUCGUCUUGAAGCCUUUUGAUGCGGUUGGAGAUUCUCGAUAG